AUGAAGGGCUCGUUGACUUUCCUUCAGCUGGAGGCCCUACGCGAGGCUGCAUCGAAGGUGGAUGAUAUAGAUGGUAUGUUUCAAGUAAUCAGUAACGUCAAUCUCUUCUCAAAGCUCGAUGAAGCAACCCAGAAAUCCCUAUGUAGGAGCCUCACCUAUGAGGUCUACGCUCCCAAGCAGGUCGUCUUCCGAUAUGGCGACUGGGGGGACAAGUACUACAUCGUCCUCACAGGCAGAGUGUCCGUCCAGGCCCCGGUAACACCGACCAGUGAAACAUUCCAACAGGUUGCCAUUCUCGAAUCUGGAGGCGGCUUUGGGGAAAUGGCGCUAAUGGAAAACAAACCACGGGCGGCGACUGUUGUAUGCCUGGAGACAACAGGAACUCUCGUACUGACUCGAGAGGCGUAUCAGACGAUGGCCAUGAGGAAGCACAAAGAAAUGUUUGAAAAGCACGUCCAUUUCCUGCAGAGCCUAACCUUCCUCAGAGGAUGCGCUGACACGGACAUCAAGGCCCUCGCGGAGAAGCUCAAGGAACACAGCUACCCAGGCCCUCAUAUUAUUCUGAGACAAGGCGAGGAGGCUAGUCAAGUCAUCCUGGUCGAGUCAGGAACUGUUCUUGCCCUGCGAUCAAUGAAAGUGGACGCGAAUCUGAACCUCGUCCCAAAGAAACGCGAAAAACGUUCGUCACGUCUGUCUCUCCUGAAUGCCGCCGGUAAGGCGGGUGCCAACGGCAACGGGCCGCAGGAGGCCGGGACAGAAGGAAUGCCUCUGCCUUUCAAAGUGGAACUUUAUGAAAGCUCUAAACGUCCUCAGGCAUCCCCCGCUGGGAUUUCUAUCGAUCAGCAAGACGCAACUGCAGGGAAACAUGUACUGGUAGAGGACGACGUUGUCGCCAAGAGCGCCGAGACCUCUCCGAGCGCCGAAACGGGGAAAAUGGGCGGUGACGGAAAACCAAAGAAAAGAUCUGGCAAUAAGACCCUCGUGCUUCAAGUCGCAAAUCUGAACCGAAGGUCGAUCUAUGGGGCUCGAGAGAUCCUCGACGGCGAGAAAAAUGCAAUCGUUGCAGAACGUGGGAAUGUUUAUGGCGUGACCCUCGUUGCCUUCCCUGCAGCGCAGAGCCUGACCGACGAAAUGAAGAGGUCUAUCGACUUAGCGAGUGGACCUCUUCCAGAAGACAGCGAACUCCUGCAUCAGUAUCUGCAAGCAGUAAAAUGGGAUGCUUACAAGCGACAACUUGCUGAUGAAGUCCGCCUGCGGUUUAAGUAG